ACACGAUGUUGAGGAACAACGGCUGCGGGUGUAUUGUGGUUGUGCUUGCUUUGUUUGCAAGCAGCAUCGCUCUUGGCGUGCCGCUCGCGGCGGAUGGUGACGGCGCAGACCACGCAUGUGUGGUGCAUGCACGCAUGCACCGCGUGCAGCGUCCCCAACACCUCGCUGAAGCCCAGGUGUGCGAGCACUUUGUCUACGACGCAUGGGAGCUGGACGGGCUUGCGGCGGUCUUGCGCGAGUGCUCCUUCAGCCCAACGGCCGUCCUUCAGUUUGCCGAGCAGCCAAUCCGCGCCCCAGCGUCAAACAGCGAGCGCAGCCGUCUCGCCAACAACCGUGCUGACCACCCAAUGAUGCACACCGUCGACGUUGCACGACCACCACCGACGGCCGAUGCGCGACGCGGCGAUGGCGAUGGCAACGACGACGUCCGCACGGGCGACGACAAGGGCGACCGCACGUAUCCAGACCUCGACCUGCCCAUGCAAGGGGUGAAGCUCAGGCAUGUCAAGUCCAAGAAAGAGUGGCCACGCGCUCUCGUGCGCUCUGCACGGCAGGGCAAAGCAAGCAGGCGCCCCAACAGCGCUAAUCCCUCGAGGUCAUCCAUGACAACUGCAGGCACGGGCGUCCUCGUGCAUGGCGCUUACGGUGCUGGGUGUCUUGUGUUUACGCCCCUGUUUCGCUCCACCGCGUUUGCAUGGACAUACGCCCUUGAAACAGCCAGCGUGAGCGCCUUGAAGCAGACACAGUCCCACAGCACGGCGCCUACAACCAUCAUAGCCCCUGUCCUGCGUGGCCACCAAGCACCAUCGCCAGCCAUCCCAGCCGCAACAUCUGCGUCAUCACCGCUCGCAAGACGCGGCCAACGCGGUGGCCAGCCGUUGGCGUCGCACGUGCUGUGGUCCUGCGACCAGCGCCGCGCCGAUGGGUUCUUCGCUGCCCACGGCACUGCCGUCGGUGAGCGGGAAGGGAACGCGCGCCUGCAGCACUUUCGCGACCUGUCGCUGGACCUGCUGCGAUCAGUCAGCCGCGUGCUGGACACGCUGAUGAUCCCGUAUUGGAUCGGCAGCGGCACGCUGCUCGGCUACUAUCGGCAGUGCGACUUUAUCGACUACUCGAACGACGUCGACAUUGGCAUGUUCAUUGAGGACUACGACCCGGGCAUGGUGGCAGCGUUUGAGGACGUUGGGCUGCGUCUCUCGCACCGCUUCGGCAUCCCUAGCGACGGCUUUGAGCUUUCGUUCAGCAAGAUGAGUCGCGAUGGAGAGCAGCUGAAGGUGGACGUGUUCUUCUUCUACCACGAGCGUGACCAGCGCGAUGGCGUGGAACGCGUGUGGAACGGCGGCACGCAGGCGCGCACGGGCAACAAGUACAAGUACGUGUUCCCGCCGUUUGACCUGUGCUGGACGCGUUUCUUCGACCUUCUUGUGCGCAUCCCGUGCAACGCCGAAGCGUACGUUCGCGCAAACUACGGCGAUGACUGGAUGACGCCUGUGACGCACUGGGACUGGAAGGCCAGCCCGCCCAACGUGCAGCGCAAUGGGCAGUGGCCCCGGUCCCUGUGGCAGGUCGCCGUGCAGUGCGACGUGUGCCAGUUUCCCAUCACGCGUGAUGAUGCCUUGACCGACGCCUGGGGCAAUCCCUUGCUUACCAUGUCUUAAAACCUCACUCUAUGCGUGACUGUGCGGCUGUGUGUGUGUGUGUGUGUGUGUGCGCGGGGGGGGGGGGGGUUAUGUCUGUGCGUCUGCGUGUCUGCGUGUCAGUGUGUCUGUUGGUUGUGUGUGCGUGAGUUUGUUACGUUAUGGUAUGUCUCUUUGCGUCUCUUGGUUGUGCUGUGUGCAUCUCUUCUUCUUCUUCUUCUUCUU